AUGUUUACAACGGAAGGCAUGGUGAAGAUGUUGUUAAACGCAACAAACGAUAUUGUAAAGUGCACCGAGCCUCCUAAGCACGUGCAGAUGAACGCCGUGUUUCUAAUUGAUUUACGAUAUAUUCCCCUUGACGAUAUACGAGCCCACGGAUUGCCAAAGUAUGAUAACUAUGAUGGUAAACGGACUAUACCAGUUGAAGUAGAGAAUGACGAAAAUGGUGAACUAAAAGUGGUUGUUACCGGCUGUGAGCGAGAGAAACCAGUACCCGCGAGGCGUUAUUAUCUUGAACGUUUAUAUCACAGCUGGAAUGUUAAGAAGAAAAACAAGUACCACAGGCGCAUCAUGCAUGUGAGAGACGAACGCGGCGAAGUUGUCGACAAUGUUGCAUGUGUCCAAUAUGUCUACGACAAAGAAGAAGUCAAAUUUGCAAUGAAGCCACAUAAGAGUUCCAAAAAUGGUAAAGGCGUACCUUACACACGAACAAAGCCAUCAGUGGUGCGAAACCUGGAUAACAAGCUGGCGUCACUGGGCCCAAAAGACGCAGUCUCAAUGACAACACAAGAAUCGGGUGGUGUGUUGAAGGCUGAAUGUUUAAGCGACCUACCACGUGGACCAAGACAAGGGUAUUACCGUAACCAACUUCAGAAAGAAACGUUACCUUCCCACGUCAGAGGGGGGCAGAAGCAGGAUGAACUGCUUGAAGUUCUUUUGACAAUGAAAACUGACAAGGAGCCUUUUGUUCGAAAAGUUACCAUUGAGAAGGAGAACACAACAAUCGUUAUCGCCUCAGAGGAACAGCUGAACAACUUGUUGAAGUUCAGCACGUCGGAAAUUGACUUUUGUACUGUGCAGAUUGAUCCCACUUUCCGCCUUGGGCCGUACGAAUGUACCCCCAUAUCAUAUCGUAAUCUAAUGAUGAAGCGAAAGCCCACUGGAAAGAGUCCUCUGAGAUUAGGUCCUGUACUUAUUCACUACCGCAAGGACCAAAAUACGUACAGUGGUUUUCUUCAAAAUCUCAUUGAUUUGAAGCCAGCACUGCAAGGAAUGUUAUCAACAGGGACUGAUGGUGAACAAGCUCUGGUAAACGCCAUAGACGCAAAGCUCCCCAAUGCGCACAGUCGCAGUCUGCGUUGUUUUCGCCACUUGCAAGAUAACUUUAAGCAAGCAUUGACGUCUUAUGGGAUGGUCGGGAUGCAGAGACGGUUCAUUUACGAAGUAUUUGGCAAAGUUGACAGUAACGGUAUUUACCACCUUGGGCUCCUGGACGCCGCGUCACCGGAAGAAUUUGACGUCAAGUUGGAGUCUCUUAGGGAUGGGUGGAAAGAAAGAGGCGAUCCUACCGAGAAGGUCUUCAAGUGGCUGAUAAGCAGGGCCGAAAUGAUGAAGACAAGGAUGAUUGCAAGUGUACGCAGGGCAGACAGACUACCUCCAAUGACAAAGGAUAGUGAUAUCCCCUCCCAUUUUCUUACUAAUGACGCCGAGGCAAAUAACAGCCGGAUCAAAUCAGUGAAGAAACAUACCCAGUUGGGUUUCUGUGGCACAAUCGCGGCAGUUCGAAAUCUUGUGAAAACUGAGAAUGAGGAAUUUUCUCAAGCAGUGGCUGGUGUGUCGCAGGGUUACGAACUUCGCGAAGAGUUCCAGAAGUUUGUAGCACCAGAUUUCCUCUCGAGGUCGCAAGAAGAACGAAGCAGUUACAUCGGCAAGCUUAGUUUGGCUACCAUGGAAGAUCUCCAUGCUGCAGACGGGCCUGAAUCAUUUGGGUGGGCUACCGGUACUGGAUGUGAAAAGUCCAAGCUGACUUCAAGAGAUGUGAUUGGAUGUACCACAGAAAUUCUCAGCAGAGAUGUCGACGGUUUCGAUUUCCUGUAUGAAGAUCCCCGAUUGGAAAAAAUUUUAAGUACCGCUCGUGAAGCAAUGGUCAAGGAAGCAAGGCUGCUUUUAGACAAUAAAGGUGUCUGGCGAGGACCACCGACGUCAGAUGGAAAGGCAACAUUUUCAGUUUCAAGCCUCUCCCAAGAACGACCAAACUAUGUGGUGAUUGACAAGAAAAGUGGCAGUGUGGAGUGUGAGUGCACAAACUGGAAGUCUCUGAAAAUGUGUUCACACGCUUUAGCAGUUGCAGAACGAGAGGACACUUUACACGAGUAUUUAGAUUUUUAUGCCAAGCAGCCAAUGUCCAAAAGGAGGAACCUGACAAAGGUGAGCAACCUGAACGUGAAUGUUGGGCCCCUGGGAAAAAAAAGGAAGACGCGUACGUAA